GAAAAAAAAUUCUCUUUCUCUUAACCAGAAAAAGAAAACAAAAUUUUCUCUUACCUGUUAAUCCAUUUUAAUUGUUUAAUCUAAUUGUUGAUUAACUCCCACCAUGAGGUCGCCAUCAAUUGAAGUGAUUUUAAAGGUUGUUCACCAAUUAAUUGAUGACCAGUGUGGCAGAGAUGGUCCAAUUAAAGACAAUUAUGUUCCUGACCAUUGGUCAGAUGAGAAUGAAUUUAAUUCAUUUACCUCGACAAUCAAACAAUUAAUUAACCAAAACAUUGACUACAAACAUGGACAAACAAUUAAGGUUCAAGGUGAUUUACCUGAGGAAGUAAACAAAUCAAUCCUGGAAGCAAUUGAAUUAAGGAGACAAGAAAUUAAAAGUAAUCUAAUUGGUAAAAUCCUUUCAUCACCAAUCAAUUUACCUUUGAAAAAAGUUCUCAAAGAUUUUGAUUGGCAAGUUAAAUUGAUUCUUUCAUCAAAUUUACUUUCGGAAAUCAACGAGUCUCUAAUUAACUUGGACCUGUUGCUAAUUAAAUCAAAUUAUCAAAAUUUUAACGAUAAUUCUGAUAACCAGGAAAUAAUUUCAAUCGAAAUGGACAAAUGUGAGAUUAGACAAUUGAUUGAGAAACUAGAGGAACUCAUGGAUAAUUUGGAUCGUUAAUCAAACAAUUAAAUCAACAAUCGAUUUAAAUUGUUCACCUUAUAUUAACUCAUACUUAUCGAAAAUUUGUUUUGAUUUAAUUUAUUUUUUCUAAAUUGUUUUUUAUAAAGUAAUUUCAACCUCGAAAUUUAAAAGUAAC